AUGAGUAGUAACGGUAUUUGUGCUUCUUGUCAACAAAAAAUUGGUAGUAGUUUAUUACGUGCUGGAAAUACUGUGACAAAAAAAAUUUGUCCAGUUUGUCAGUUUAGCUAUUGUUCAAAUUGUUUAUAUCAAAAAAUUGCUGUACCAAAAUUAAAUUAUGUUAUGCAUGAAGUAUGUUCAAAAUGUUAUCAUCAAAUACAACAUGAACUUUUACAACCACCACCAAAAAAUUUUAUAAAACGUAUAGAAAAAUUACCUUCUACUGAUCAAUUCUAUAAUCCACCACCAAAUAAGACGAAUGAUCUUGAACAACGAUUAAAACAAUUACGUAUGGAAUCAAAUGAACAGCAAUUAACUGAUGACCAACGAUUAAAACAGUCACGUAUAGAAUUAAAUGAACAGCAAUCAACUGAUGACCAAUUACAACAACGGCUACAGGCACUAAGAGGAGAUCAAUCAUCAUCAUCAUCGACUCGAAAUACUUUACCUAAAGGAAAAAUGUCAACAAAUCCCGAUGAUCUAAUGGCACAGAUGAAUGCAGAAUUAACACUAGAUCAAAAAAACAAACAAACUGAAGAUGAACAUGAUCAACAACUUCAAGAACGUAUUCGUGCAUUAGGUAUAGAUAGAGCAACAUUACCAUCUACAAAACCGUUAUUCCCCGAAGAGCAAAUAGAUGAAGAGGAAGAUGAAUUACCAUGGUGUACCGUUUGUAAUGAUAAUGCAACAAAACGUUGUAAUGAUUGUGAAGAAUUAUUUUGUGAUAAAUGUGCAAAAAAAACUCAUAGUGAAAAAUACUAUAAAAGUCAUCAUUUAGAACCAUAUAAACCAUCGGCGAAAGCAAAAAAAAAAUAUUAUUAA